AUGGAGGUGUUUGCAACUGUUGCAGAAAAUGAUUCUCAUGGUAUGAUUGUUGUUGAAUCGGAGGAAACAAAUGUUGCAUUUGUAUCGAUUGAUACAACUGGGGUGAUUUCAGAUGAAUCUAACAAGCAUGUUGAGGUUGAUCAAGUAUACAGAGACAGAUCAAUUUUGAAAGCAGUCAUGGAAAGGUAUGCGAUUAAAGAGAGGUUUCAGUAUAAAACUGCUAGGUCAAAUUCAAUCAGUUAUACUCUGGAAUGUUAUUCUAAGGGAUGUGAAUGGUUAAUGAAGGCCUCUAAUAUCAACAAACCUGGAAUGUUCAGUAUUCGAGCAUUCAACAGAAAGCAUACAUGUCCUUUAAAAUAUAGAGUUUAUUCACAACGACAUGUAACUAGCAAUUUGAUUGGAGGGAUUGUGAAACCUAAAUUUGUAGAUUAUAAGAGUAAAUAUACACCAGCUGAUUUAAAAAAAGAUGUUAAGAUUGAUCUCGGAGUUGAUGUUAACUAUAUGUUGGCUUGGAGGGCCAAGGAGAAAACGUUGAAAUCUUUGAGGGGUACACCAGCUGGAUCAUAUGCAAAGUUAACUGCUUAUUUGUAUAUGAUGGAUAUCACUUACCCGGGAGCAGUAGUCGUGGUGGAUGGUAGUCAUCUGAGAGGUUCAUAUAAUGGGACAUUUGUUGCAGCAAGCACGACAGAAGGCGCAGGACAUAUAUUUCCACUUGCUUAUGGUAUUAUUGAUUUAGAGAGCGAUGCUGCCUGGACUUGGUUUUUUGAGCAACUUAAAGAAGCAUACGGUGAGAGGAGUAACAUGUGUGUUGUGUCUGAUAGAAAUGAGAGCAUUAUAAAGGAAGAAUGA